AUGAACCGGAUAUUUCUCUUGUUGGCAACACUUUUUCUACAUGUUUUCCCUGCUCCAGCGAGCAAGGUUCCCGAGUCCCGAUUUGCAUUAUCACGCAUGAAUGAUUCCUCCAUUCAUUUUUUAAAAUAUUUGCCACAUUCCGGAUUUUCCAAUCAAAUUAAUGAACUCAGCAAUGCAUUGCUAAUGGCACGUCUGUUGAACAGAACUUUAAUUCUGCCGCCCUUUUUUUUGGGCGAAAGGGUUACUUAUCCAUGGAAACCUUUUGACCGUUUAAACUCAACUCUAUCCGAUGCCUUUAGACAGUUCAGUUCCAAUUUGAGCCACAAUUUCUGGACGCUAUUGGAAGUUUCCGAGUUUUUUCCACAACUUGCUGAUUUUAAAGACGUAAUGGCAAUAUCUUACUCCAAUUUUAAAGAUCGUUUUCCACAACCAGAGAAUCUCAAAUCCUACAUCUUGAAGGACUAUACUCGAUAUAAUUAUAAGUAG